UAAUGUUGCACAUUAAAAACCACCGACGGUGCAGCAUGAAGAAAGAGCAGGUUGUAAGCUGUCAGUUCUCCGUUUGGUACCCUUUAUUUAAGAAGCACACGAUUAAGAGCUUGAUUCUGCCUCUGCCUCCGAAUGUAAUCGAUUAUCUAUUGGAUGAUGGGACCCUCGUGGUUUCUGGAAGUGCUGACUGCAGCCACCAGCGCCCACAAAUCAAUAACAGUGACUCCGAGCAGGAGGGAGAUGUUCAGUGGUCUGAUGAUGAGACAACAACAGUAGUCACAGCACCAGAAUUCCCAGAAUUUAACUCAAAGGUGCAAGAAGCAAUCAAUGCUCUGGAUGGGCGGGUCUUCCCUAAACUGAAUUGGAGUGCGCCACGGGACGCUAACUGGAUUGCUCUGAAUAGCUCUCUGCAGUGUCAGAGUCUGAGUGACAUCUUCCUCCUCUUUAAAAGUUCUGACUUCAUCACACGUGACCUUACACAGCCGUUCCUCCAAUGCAACGAUGACUCUCCAGACCCAGUUAUAAACUAUGAGCUAGUGUUGAGGAAGUGGAGCGAGCUCAUUCCCGGAGGAGAGUUCCGCUGCUUUGUGAAGGAAAACAAACUUAUUGGCGUCUCUCAGAGAGACCACAUCCAGCAUUACCAGUACAUCUCCAAACAGGAAGCGAGCAUCACCUCUUCUAUACUGCAGUUCUUUACGGACAACAUCCAGCACCAGUUCCCCGAUGAGGACUUUGUCUUGGAUGUUUACAGAGACAGCAUGGGGCACGUAUGGAUCAUUGACUUUAAUCCAUUCGGUGAGGUCACAGACUCCUUGCUCUUCACGUGGGAGGAGCUGAUGUCCGAAAACAAACUUGCAGCUAGUCACACAGAGGAUGGCACAACGCUACAAGAUGGUCCUGCUUUCCGGUACACCACCAGCGAAGUGACGGUCCAGCCAAGUCUGUGCUUGUCACACAGAAUCCCACGAGACUUCUUGGACCUGUCCACUGGGGAAGACGCAUACAAGCUCAUCGAUUUCCUCAAACUGCAAAAGGGACAACAGGAGGAAGAGAAUUCGGAGGAUGAAACUGAGCCUGAUGUGAGCGUUCCAUGAGAUGAAGGAAGAGAUGUAGUAUGUCCCAGUGACCCAGUGGGUUUCCAGUGGUUCACAUAGCAACUCCUAUUUUUGCAUCCUCAGUUGUUGUGGGUUUUUUUUGUUUGUUUUUUUAAAAACUUGAUUAGGGACAUUUGUUCAUUUAGGUUUGAACAAUGACAAUACUGUAGGCUUGAAAAGAGGGAUGUUACCAAAAUGUUAUAGCCUAGCAUCAUGUGAAGAAGUUCUCCAUUGAUACCCGAGUGGUCUUGUAUAACAGUGUGUGUUUCAAGAACAAAAGACUGGGUCAUUGGGGAUCUUUGACAUGAGCCAGAUCUCCUUCUACCUUUUGUACAUUUAAAAUAGUAAUAUUCAUGGAAUCAUAUUUAAUCAGUACAGCCCAAAUACUUUGAUCUUAGACUGUAUAUUUGUAAAGGUAGUUAAGUGUUGGCCAUUGGGACUUUGUUUAAAAUAAAUUACUGUACUUGCAGUAUGGUGUUUCCAUUAAGUUUUACUUUACUUUUAUAUUGUGUUGUUGCUUAGCUGGAAAAUGAAAGCUACAUGUCUCUAAUAGUUUAAGUGAAUUAAAAUCACACAGAAGCUGAAGCGUAAUUCUACUCCAGGCCUAUGGAAGCUGUGCUCAUGAGGGUUCCACAUAUCUACUUAGAUUGGAUAUGUUCCUCUUCUUCAUUCCAGUUGAACCAUGAGCUAAAUUUGGCAGGGUAAGCCAAGUCACCUUUUAAGCAAAUCAAAUAUGUAUGUAUUUAAAAAGUGUCUUUGGCUAUAACCGUGGGUCUAUAAUAAAGGUUCUUUAUGGGUC